AGUGUGUUUGGCAGAGAGUGUCAGCUGCACUGUACCAACAAACCUUAUUGCGCAACUACCCACUGAACCAUGCUCUGUAAAGUGGGGACAACUUUCACUUCAUCAAGGGAUCAACUCAGUGAUCGAACACUGCUUGAAAAGACUUAAUGAAAUCACUAUACAGUUGAAACUGAAUAGGCCAGAGUGAAAUCGCUGCCAUGGCGAAUGACUCCAGCGACCUCACUGGGACAGGCCUAUUGUUUGACGGCGAGACACAUGGUCUCCUGCACGUGCAGCCACUUCUUCCUGUACACAGAGACGUGGCAGGUAUCGCCCGGCGUCUGUGUGUCACAACUGAGUCUACAGUUCCGGUGCCCAGUGCCAGGCAUCCUGCGUCCGCGCUGACCCCUGCAGCACGUGAGUGUCAAGUGGCCUCAUCCCCUCUUCAGACGGCGCGUGGCAUCUACGACUGCCUUCAAGAUGUAUGUCCUCCGUGUGGAACUGGUCGCUUAGGACUCUCUAGACUAACGCAUAGUCUCUGAAUUUACAUACUUUUGAAAUACUUUUUUUUCAUUUGAAAAGGAGCCCCAGUGAGGUCGGAGUUCCUGAACCUCAGGAAAUCUAGACUUGCUUCAUUUAGUGCUUUAGCAUCGCACAGAGGGCUGGGCGGGGAGGAAAAUAGUGCGGUUCAACGACUGUGAGACAGACUAAUUUAAGGACUCGCCACACAACAUCACAUUAAUAGGUUUGUCUCACAGUCCCUGAACCACUUUAUUUUCCCUAUUGCCUAGCCCUUCCUGUAAUGCUAAAGCCCUAAAUGAAGCAA